AGGAAGAGAGAAAUGGAGCUGUCAUAAAAUUUUAAGGAAUGUAUCUCUCAUCAAACGGUCAAAUACAGCUGAGAAAACAGCCUCGGCUCUUCACGUGCAUGGGAUGAUGACAGACCAUCAGCAGUAGGUGUUUAUGAAGUGAAGCAGCUCUUGGUCGUGCGAGGGAGCUGACUGUUAGAUUAGAUUAGCAGCUAGCAGUCUGUUAUUAGCACGCUAAUGCUAAAUGCGUUCCUCGUCGUCAGAUUUACACACACAUUCGACCCUGAUCCAUCUUUAUGAAGAAAAAAAGGGAAAUUAAACUAUUUAAAGCGAUGACGAAGGCUUUGGCGUUCACAUGAUUGACAUUUCCCAGUCACAUGGCCAGACUCUGCGGUUAGCAUCUUUCGGUCAGCAGAUAGGACCGUCCCAUCCCCUCACCUGACUGGAUGUACAAGGAUGAAGAAGAUCAGUCUGAAGACGAUCAGAAAGUCACUUAACAUAAAGGGCAAAGAAGAUGGGGAUUUCGUCAUGCUCCAGCAGCCAUCAUUAGCAGCUGAUUUCACCAAGGAUGACUCUCUCUUCGGGGGCUGUUACACCAAAGGGCUGGUAGGUUGUGAUCUUAAUGGGGAGGAUGAGAAGGGUCAUAAGAACCGAUCGAAAAGCGAGAGUCUAAUGGGCACUCUAAAGAGGAGACUGUCUAACAAACAGAAAGCGAAAGUCAAAGGAGGAUCCACAGCAGUGGGCUCUGGAGAUGAUGAUGAUACCUUCUCUUCUUCAUCAGUCCCCAUAAGCUUUAAUGAAGUCAAAGCUCAGCGGCCCUUAAGGUCCUCGUCCCUCCGAAGCCAUCAUUACAGCCCUUCUCCAUGGCCUUUCCGGCCAGUAGGCUCUGAAGAGGCUUGCAUCAAGAUGGAGGUGAAGGUCAAAGCUAUGGUCCACUCCCCCAGUCCCAGUCCCUCCCUCAAUGGAAUCAGAAAGGAGUUCCAUGACAUUCAAUUAGAAGGUCUGUUCCAGGAUCAGAGCGAAUCUUUGAAGGACAUGGAGACUCAGAGUGGCAACUUGCAUUUGAACAUUGAGGAUCACGUGCCUAUUGGACUCACACCUCAGGACUACAUCCAGUACACAAUGCCUUUAGAUGAGGGAAUGUACACCGAUUCAUCCAAGUCCUUCUGCUUGGAUGGUCCCUCGCCAAUGGAAGUGGUUGAUCAGGUCGAAUCGAACUUGUUGCAUGUGGAUCAGGGCCCGGAUGACCAUGAUCUCAUGCCAUCAGACAUUCUCAUGGAGCAGGCGGUGAACGGACAUCUUCCUGGUACUCCGGCGAUGGUCCUUUCCAACUCCAGAGCCGACACACCUUUAUUUUCUCCCUCCCUGUCACCUCUUUCCAGCAACGAUAUUUCAAGGACCCUCUCCGGGUUCAGUGGUGCAGACUCUCAUGUUGUCGAGAGAGUGAGGCACCACCUGAACUUUGACCCUAAUUCCGCUCCCGGUGUUAGCAGAGUGUACGAUUCUUUCCAAAGCAGUGGACCCAUGGUUGUAACAAGCCUUACAGAGGAACUUAAAAAACUGGCCAAGCAGGGUUGGUAUUGGGGACCUAUAACUCGAUGGGAGGCCGAGGAGAAGCUCAUCAACCUUCCAGAUGGCUCUUUUUUGGUGAGGGACAGUUCAGACGAUCGCUAUCUCCUCAGCCUGAGCUUUCGGUCACAGGGAAAGACGCUUCACACCAGGAUCGAACACUCGAAUGGCAGAUUCAGCUUUUACGAGCAGCCCGACGUAGAAGGUCACACUUCCAUUGUAGAUCUCAUAGAGCACUCUAUAAAAGACUCUGAAAAUGGCGCAUUCUGUUAUUCCAGAUCCCGUCUGCCGGGGUCUGCCAUGUACCCCGUUCGGCUGACCAAUCCUGUGUCACGGUUCAUGCAAGUGCGUUCGCUGCAAUAUCUUUGCCGCUUUGUCAUAAGACAGUAUACGCGGAUAGAUUUGAUUCAGAAACUGCCUUUACCAAACAAAAUGAAAGAUUAUUUGCAGGAGAAGCACUACUGAACAGACUGUAGUGGGAUAUGGUAGUAAAAUGCACUUUUUGUUGAGUGGCGUGUCCUUAAAACAGUUUACAUAUAUGGAGGUCAGGUGAUCAGUUGUGCAGGUUGACUAUCCGAUCUUCCCACAGAAAUAUGCGGUAAAUUUGUUGUUGCUCAGAUUCAGUGUUUUACAUUUUGCAGGUCUUUUCAGAGCAAUGUGGCAAGUCCAGAAACCAUUUAGGAUUGGGAUUCAAUGCCUAACAUAAAUAUUCCUAUUGAGUAUGAUUUGCAGUAAUGCUAACACAAAGCUAGUAGGGCUGCACGAUAAAUCAAACCCCAUUAAUCGCGAUUGUCAUGUGCAUCAGUAAAGCCAGUUCUGUGAUUAGCAGUAAAUCUCCCAUCGCCUGUUCUCAAGUGGAGCAGCGUUUGCUACACAGAGCUGUAGUUCUUUGACAAGCUAUGCAAAAUCGCGUUCAUAAUCGCAGACGAUAUAAUCAUAUGAUGGUGAAAUCGUUCGCGAUAAUGACAGCUGUUUGCGUAUCUUGAACUAUGGCACUGUGUAGUAAAUGUUGCUCCAUAUGAGAGCAUGUGAAAACCAGUGUUAAUUUUGUUAACGAAGACAACACAGAAUAUUUUUUAUGUGACUAAGAUGAGACGUUGACGAGCUAAAAAUAAUAUCUGAUGACAAAAUUAGGAUGAAAUUUAUGCAGCGUAUUCGUUAACUAGACGAGACUGGACUAUAAUGUUAUUUGAGGACUAUUGGACAUUCAAAAUGCAUCCUAUAGGCUAUUGUCUUUCAAAAUGUGUGUUCCUGUCAUUGGAUUGCAGUCUAUUCUUAGUAUGGCAGCCGCAGUGGAUGGAUAGACUAAUAAAAUGCAAAAAGUUGUCCUUUUUCAUUUCUGUUAAAUGGAUAGUUCACCCAAAAAUGAAAAUUUUCGUAAUUUAUUCUAGACUUUCCAAGUGUAUUCCUUGAUCCAUAUUUCUCAUAAGCUUAAUUGAUUUGGUCUAAAGAGAGAAGAAUUAAUUAUUAUUUUAAUUUGAAAAGUACAUAUAAAUUAGCUACCAAAAUAAAUUUUGGUGACUACAGUUUGACUAAAAGUAUUGACUAAAAGUUAACUAAAAUGCAAUUACUUUUCGUCGACUAAAACUAGAUUAAAACUAUGAAAGACUCAAAUGACUAAAAUGUGACUAAGACUAUUUAGCUUUUUUUCUCUCAAGACUAAGACUACAUAAAAAAUGCCUGACAAAUUAACACUGGUGAAAAUACCACAUUUUAUUACAUGUUUUUACUCCAAAUUCACAUUAUAAGGUCAGUCAAGUGUUUAAAAUAAACCCUUCUGUGAGAUGAUGUGUUUUCUUAAGCAAAAUAAUUAAGGCAAACAAUAUUUCAUUGUAUUCUAAGCAGUGAUAAAGGCCAUGUCGAUUAGCAUUUCAUUAUAGAUCUACAUUAUGAUGAAAAUUAUAAGAACUGAGAUAAACCAUAUAUUGCCAUAGUUGUUUAUUUAUUAGUCACAUUGAAUCAAUGAAAGCAGUGAAAUCUUCUGUUUAUACAUAAAAUGUAUUGCCUUUGGUAUUUAAUUUUGAUUAAUUGUGCAGCCGUAAAAGCUAGGAUUUGAAGAUGGAAUGUUGCAUUAAUGUGCUUCAUUCAUCAAUAGUUUUGCUGUAGUGUAAAGGUGUGGUCACAUUGGCGAAAUUUUGGCAAAAAAACAAAAGGUUAUUUUCAAUAGCGAUGUAUGGAGCACAGCUAUCAGAAGACACUUUCAAACCAAGCAGUUUUUUUUGUUGGUCAUUGUGUCGAAUGUGAUGCAAAAUCUGUGAAGAAAUCUUUCGAAAUGGAUUCCUAUUGAAAUUACUGGGUUUACGCCCAUGAAAAUUCACACCUUUACAAGAAAUUAGCUUUUCUCUGGAAAUAUGAUGUCAGCCUCGUUUUUGGCAGGUUUUGAUAGAUUUCCUUCUACACAUGGGUACUUUUAAUGAAACUUGCGAAUAUGCUGGGUGACUGAGUUUUAGUUAAAUACAGUUAUCAUGUCGAAUGCAUCAAAGUUCGACAGAAAGCUUUUUUUAUAAGAGUUUUAAUGCUUUACAUCUAUUAAAGGGUUAACAGUAAGACAUUUAUUCAUCCAUUGGACUUCUGUAGAUCUGUGCAACAAAUUUACUCAGUCUUAUAUAAGAAGGCCACAAAAAUGGACUGUGAAUCACAUCCUAAACAAAUGUUAUAGAAGAAUACAUGCAGAAUGCCACAAAUCUGUGAUGUUAUACAAAAAGGGAGCAGGUAGAGAAUAAAUAUAUAUAUAUAUAUAUAUAUUUUUUUUAUAUAUAAUGUGGUUCAUACAGUAUUCUGUCUACAUCAUUGUUGGCUCAUGCACAUUAAGCAAAGGUUUAUUAUGGUUCAUGAACAUAUUAUUUGUUUUGUUAAACAUAAUAUUAAGUAUUUUCAUAUUCUAGUGCUGGAAUGAUUGGAAUUGGUGACAACCUACCCAACCCUAAAAACACAGUUUUAUAGAGACAUUUGGCUUGUUUAUACAUGAACCAUAAGCUAACUUUUAAUUAAUCUGCAAAUUUCUCAAUUAUGCAUUCUUGAGUGAAUAUGGGAGAUUUCUUUUUGCUCUUCCCCGAAUGACAGAAGUCUUUCCUCACCCUCUGUCCUCCAAAAUAGCAGCAUGUCAGCCUGUCGAUAUUUCAUAAAAUCUGCUUCAAGCCAAGACUGUUGAAUUCAGACAUUUGAGAAGUUAUGCACUGUUAGUUAUGCAUUUUGUUUUUCCCACACCUUCUCUUUCUAGUCCCCUGAAAGGGAAUUAUCUGUUGCUUUUGUUUUAAUGUAAUGAGGGCUUCAGAUAGGAAAAAUUGUCAGUCAUUGGAUGAUCUUCGUCUUUUGUAAGAGUUAGUGGUUUUUGCGCACUACUUAAAUGAUGCUGGGAUAAAUAUGACGUUAAAUGGUUUAGCUUGUGCACUCUUAUGAGUCGGCGCUGCUUGGCUUUGGACUCUGUUGGGAUAAUCAGCAAACAGGGGAGCUUAUAAAUGUCUCUUUAGCUGGCAUAUUGAAUGUGUGUGAAUCAGAGCCAGAUCUUUCUAUUUGCGGUUUCACAGCACACAUGGUCUAAUGCCUUUUAAGGGCCUUUUUAAAAAAAGUGCCAACUGCUGUUCACAGAAACCGGUGAACAAUGCCGCGGAAAGUAUUCGUGAGACACCUUAAGGAGACUUUGAAGGUUAGCUGUCAAACAAACACAGUUUGCCAUCUUUGCGUUAUUCAUUAGUGAAAACAUAACCCAUAGGGUUCAUUCCGUCAGUGAAAAAUGUUUUUUACAUAAUGCGUAUAAGGGAACAAUUUGAGAUGAAAAUUGCUCCUUAACACACCUGGAAACUUAUUUUAAAUGCUGUAUCUGUGUGUGUUUUGGUAAAGAAUAUGAUAUUCAUGUUUAUUUGCUGUAUUUGAAUGGGCAAUGUUGCCAUUUUCCAAUUAAAUGAAGGGUUUUCUUUUCUGAAUGAGUUGUUGGAUGUCAGAAUCAUCACCUAAAUUGUGUGUGUUUGAGUAGUGUGAGAGUUGUGGUUGAGUAAGCAACAAAAAGAGGAAUGUUUUAGGAAAGGCACAAAUCUUUCAAUUCGUUGAAAAUGCGUUUACCAGAAUGUGGAAGUCGGCUAAUGCAAAAUUUCAAUGUGAACUGAAGUGUUUGACCGCAAUGUACAUUGAAUUUCCUUUUGUUUUGAUUCCCAAAUGUGUGGCAUAAUUAGAAUAAACACUGAAAAUGUUUAAAAAGAAACAAAGUUGCCGGGACUCCAUCACAUUCAAUAUCAUUUUCAUGACCUUGUAUGUAUGUCGUUAGAUGUCGCUUGUUGGGAUUGCUGAAGUACUUUGAACCGAUGACAGCUGAGCGCUUGACAAGCUUCACUGAAAUAUCUAUUUUUCUGAUUCAUGUUCUGUUGUCCUUGUGCUGCGAAUGAAGGUGAAUGUUUACAUGAUGUAUUUAGGUCAGAUUAGUUAUCUGGGUUUCUAUCUCUUAAACAGCUUGGUACAGUUUUACAACAUAUCUCUUUAAUGUGUCAUACACAUUCGUGCUGCUUUACGAUCAUGAUUGCCUUUUUAAUUACAAGGUGGGGGAGAUCGAAGGUCACCUAGAUAUAAGCCUAUGUAUGUUUAAAACGACUUUGGUAUACUCCUCCCGAGAAGUCAGAUGCAAAAAUAGUAUUUAGUUAGUUAUAAUAAUGCUCUGAAUUCAGUCCUUUUUGUCCAAAAGGGUCUGCUCACUGCAGUUUACACGGUCAGUUUUCCAAAAUCAGAUCUUGUUGUUCAUUUGAAUUCAUGAAAGUACCAAUAGUGUUUUCUUGCACAUUUGGAUACAGUUAAAAAAUGUUUUGUAUCUGCUGGUAUAAAUUAUGAAUAAAAAAUGAUCC